ACUAGCAUGUGAGUACAGGGAGGCAGAGUGACUACUGAAAGAUCAACGUUCAUCUGUAAAACUAUUAGAAUGUAAAUGUAGAAUCUCCUGUGCGUUGGAUAGCGUGUUUUAUCGUCUUUGAGUGUAAUGUUGUGAUAUGAACUAGAGCUACAAAGAUGAAAGUUGCAGUAGAAGGCUGUUGUCAUGGCGAGCUUGACAAGAUCUAUGAGAGCAUCAGUUACCUGGAGAAUAAAGAAGGUGUGAAGGUGGACCUGCUACUCUGCUGCGGAGACUUCCAGGCCGUCAGAAAUGAAGGAGACAUGAAAUGCAUGGCGGUUCCUGCCAAAUACAGACAAAUGCAAACGUUCUACAAGUACUACUCUGGUGAAAAGAAGGCCCCCAUUCUGACAAUUUUCAUUGGUGGAAACCAUGAGGCAUCAAACCAUCUGCAGGAGCUUCCAUAUGGAGGCUGGGUGGCCCCCAACAUCUAUUACCUGGGUUAUGCUGGUGUUGUACGCUUUAGAGGUGUACGGAUUGGUGGUCUUUCUGGAAUCUUUAAAUCCCACGAUUACAAGAAAGGACACUUUGAGUUCCCACCAUACAAUCAAGAAUCCUUGCGCAGCGUGUACCACAUAAGGAACAUUGAUGUCUUCAAGCUUAAACAGAUCAAGAUGCCCGUAGACGUGUUCAUGACGCAUGAUUGGCCACGAGGCAUCUAUCACUACGGCAACACAAAUCAGCUUCUGCACAAGAAGAAGUUCCUCAGACAGGAGGUGGAGAGUGGGACCCUGGGCAGUCCGGCAGCUGCAGAGAUCCUAGAGCACCUACAGCCGAGUUACUGGUUCUCAGCUCACCUGCACGUGAAGUUUGCUGCAAUAAUGCAACACCAGGCUAAGAAUAAUGCUGCCCCAAAGAUCACCAAGUUUCUUUCACUUGACAAGUGUCUUCCACAUAGAGACUUCUUACAGAUCGUGGAGGUAGCAGACAGACCAGGCUCCUCUGAGCACCUUGAGUAUGACCCAGAGUGGCUGGCCAUUUUGAAAGCGACUGACAGUCUUCAGAAACCAUCCUGCAAAUUCUGGAACCCUCCACAGAACAACGGUCUACAUACCCGGUGGGACUUUAGUGCCUCAGAGGAAGCUAUGAUGGAGGUCGUGAGCGAUUUGAGUGGUGACCUCUGUAUCCCCGAGAACUUCAGCCUGACGGUUCCCGCCUAUGACCCCAGCCACCCUCAGCCCAAUUCACACCCAGCCUACUCCACCAACCCCCAAACCACAGAGCUAUGUGCUACCAUCGGCCUGACGGACAUCUAUGCCAUAGCUGGACGGGGUGGGCAGAGUUUCGGGGAGGAGGGCGCCUCCGGUGCAACUGAAGAGGAGGAAGAUGAGGAUAACCGGAGCACGGGUAGCGUAGAUGAACCCAGUGAAUAUCCCACCGACACCUCUGUCCUCUCCAGCUCCUACAACCCAGAUGAAAUUACCAUCGAGGACGAAUGGGAUGAGGUGGAGGAGGGGGUAGGGUGUGCCGAGGAGAAAUGGACAGACGCAGUGGUUCCGGAAGGGCGGGUUGGGGGCCAGGACAGCGAUAGAGACAGCAGCCCUUCGCGAGAGAUGGCAGGCAGACUAAGCUUACCACCCCCGUGCGUUGCACUGCGCUCCCCGUUGUCUCUCUCUCUUCCCCCUCCCUCUAACUCAGCAUCCCUCUCUCAGGGCAGCUCAGAGGAAGAGGGAGGCUUCACACUAGCCAGGGUCCCCAAACGCACCAGCGGGGAGAGAGCGGGUCCAGUGAGUCACUCUGGUGGCACACCUCGAAUCAAACGAAGAAACCAGAGUAUCUACACGGCAGCAGAGGAUGAAGAAAGUGAGGGGUAGAUCAAUGUAAUCAUUUAAAGAUCAUAAAAUGAAACAUUACAUAGAAUGGUUUGCCACAGUUUAGAGAUUUAAAGGGAUAGUUCACCCAGAAAUGAAAAUUCUGUCAUAAUUUGCACAACCUCAUGUUGUUCCAAACCUGUACAAUUUGUAUUCCAUGGACCUCAAAAGAUGUUAGGAAGAAUGUUAGUGACUGACAGCCUCAGUCACCUUUGCAUCUUUUUUUCAUAAUGAACGUGAAGAACAGAAAGUCAUAUGGGUUUAAAAAUGACAUGAGGUGAGUACAUGAUUUUCACUUUUGGGUGAUCUCUCCCUAUAAUCUCUGGUUUGUCGUCUCUUUUUGAUUAAAGAAAGCUAUUGUGUAAAGCCCCAUUAGCACGAUUACUAUUGUGUACCCUGUUAUUUUGAAGCAAAUGAGCUUUGUUUUUUACAGUCUACAGGGUCAGACUUUUAUUUUUUUGUUUUGGUAAUUUGUUGUGUAUUAUUUUUUUUUUUAUCUUCUAUUUGUCAUUUUAUUUGUAUUUUGCUUUGUGAUGGGUUUUAAUGAUGUUUUGUUCCUUUUAUUUUUAGCCAAAGAUACCAUGUCACCAGUUGUUUCCUCUGUAUCAGGAAUUAUUUUAUUUUGUUGUGACUGACUCUGCUUUACCAUUCUGUUGUAAAUACAUUAGAGUACAAACAUUAUUUGAUUUUUCUGUCAUUUUUUUGUAUGUUGAAAUACAUUCUCCUAUGCCAGUUCAGGGUUUCUACUAGAGGUGGACGAUAUAUUGGUUUUACCGAUUAAUCAAUGCCAAUAGUCAUUUUUUGGACCUACUGUUAUCAGCAAAAAUCUCUGGCGAUAGUUGCAGAUAGUUUUUUCAUCGUUUCAAAAUAAGCGUACCCAGUGUGUUUGGGGCUUGUUUAUACUUAAAAAUCCCACUUUAUGCACCAAAUCUUUAUUUUUUCUGGUUAUUUUGGGGAUUUUGGUUGAACAAUAAACUGCAUCUGGGAUUUUAUUUAUUUAGGACUCUUUGUCUGUGCCUGUCAUAGUAAGAAUAUUAUUUUUAUUUUACAUUCUAUAAAUCAAUUUUAAAUUUAUCAGCUGAUUAAUCGGUUAUCUGCCUUUCCCACCUCCUUAGUUAUUGUAUUGGCAAAAUCCAGUAUCGGUCGACCUCUAGUUCCUACUCAUUUGGAUCAAUUAAACUUUAACUCGUUUGUGAUUUAUUUAUUUUUAUAUUAUUUAUUUUUUAAAUGGCAGUGUUUGCACUCAAAGUAAUUUCCAGAUCAUAACUACAAAAAUUGUAAUACACUUUAGAAAUGUCCAUAACUUUUUAAUUUGACAUGACUAUGGGAAUCCCUUGCAGUUUUAUGUCCAGAGAAAACUAUAAGUAAGCUAUUGGUAGGUUGGCUUCUUGAAGAGUGUAAGCACUGUGGUGCUUUCAAAAUAUUGCUUCAACGUCUGGCUCAACCAGUGGUGUGAGUCUGAGGCAAGACUAUCUUUUUGCCCAAACAAUUGCAGACAGGGGGCAGUAGGAGUGCUUUGUCAGCCCGUCAUGCGCACAGCAGGGCACCUUUCUCCAAUUCCUUGAAGUCUGUUCUCUUCUCUAAAUAUUACAGUGACAUGCCACAUGGUUGAUGGAUUAGAUCAGGGCUAGUCAACAAACCAAAACCACGUUUCAUUCAUAGCAGAACAGCACAGCUUUAUUUAACGUUUCAAUUCUGUUAACAGGAGAUCAGAUCUUUUCCACAAAAAAAAGGAGGACCUGAAGACACAUAACAAAUGACUUGUAGCUGUGUGACACCUUAUCAUGAUACCGAAUUCAUUCCCUAAAUGACCAUAUAAAUGUAUUGAUAACCCAUUAAAUUACUGACUAAAAUCAAUUUGAAAUAAAACUCAUUUUUAUACACAUUAACAAAGCAUCCAUAAAACAGAACAUCAUAAAUGACUCCUCUCUCUGUUACUAACACACUCCACUAAUUAUUCUUACAGGUUAUUGCCUGUGUAACCAGUCCUGCUCGAGCCGCUCUGAGUGUGAUACGAACCAGCGUCUCUGGCAAUGGAGGCAUGCGCACUAACAAGAAGGCUAAAGGCUACAGCCUCUAGCAUAAGUCGCUAGUGUGCCUCUUGAAGCCAGUGGAGUGAGGUUUACACACUGCACAGCUACCUACCAGCUAGCUACUGUUACACUCACCCCACUAAACCUCACUCCCAUCCGGGUCACGGCACCACUGUAACCGGUCCUGCUCGACCCGCUCCUAGCGGAAUUCUAACCGCCGUCUCCGGCAUGGGAGACAGGUGUGCUAAAAAGGAGGCUAAAGGCUACAGCCUCUAGCAUCAGUCACUAGUGUGCCUCUUGAAGCCAGGGAAGUGAGGUUUACACACUGCACAGCUCCCUACCAGCUGGCUACCGUUACACCUGUACACUUCGACCCAACAUCUCCAAAAUGCUACUUUUUAGGCGUGGACACACCCCGGACAAGCCCAAAACAAAUAACAUGGAAAAAAACGGAGUAGGCACUUGUUUUUUUUUUGUUGUUUUUUUUCACUUAUUCAGUGGCUUUGCGACUUGACACAAUUUGCCAUUCCAAGAUACCGUAUAGCAUCAGAUGUUCAAUCAUUCACGUUCUAAGCAAUUGAUUUGUGGGUGCUUGAAUAUUUUUGUUGCUUUUGAAUGUACAGACUAAGACUUUGGCCUGGUAUUGCAUGACCUCCGUAUCCAGCCAAAUCAAUGCAUGAUAUUCUGCGAUUACUCAUCUUACACAUGAAGCGAAAUGGUUUUCGAUCAGUACCAUCUCGUUGGCGCCAGUAUAUUAUAAAUGAUUUGUUGAUUGUUUCUCAAACAGUAGUUUACACAAAGCGACAGAAAAGUAGAGAAGGCAUCUUAAAGCUUGCUGUUGUUUUGUGAACACCAACACUGAAAAUCAGUGGGGCAGGGAAGACAACAUUGAUCUUCUCCAAUACUUUUUGGGUCUAGGAGGAAUUACAAGUUACAAAAGGGAAACCGAUUAAAACACAAUUAAUAAAUAAAGCUGGAGGCUAAAAAAACAAGCUCAGAAUGAACAAAUAACUUCUACUUCAGUGUUCCUUCCAUAGUUUAAAUAUUUAGUAGCUGUGGCUCUCACGAAUGCUCACAGUUGAAAUGGUAUAAGAAUGCUUGCAUGAUUAAUUUAGGGUUAAGGUGCUGACUUUCCUCGAGUCAUACAGUUUGUGUCAGAUCGGACAGUUCAAAGCAGAACGCUUUAAGACCUCCGGGCUGUUUUGGAAUGACAGGUUGUUUUAAGGGGCAUUGUGGGCCAUCUCAUAAUAAAUAAUUCUGUUCAUUUUGUUUCUUUGUGUUCUACAAGUCUCUGUCUCCAUCCUUUAUCUUAAUUUAUUUAGUGAAACCCUGGUGUUUGCAUAAUCAAAAUGAACAGUGACUGAAAUUAUUCUUGACUUA